AUGUUAUGUAUGCUUGGGUUAGAUAUUAAUUACAAGGAUCGAAGGUUAGUCCAUACGAGUAUAGGAGAGAGUAAUUGCAAUACUAGGAUUAGGGUUGUUAUGACUCUAGAAUAUGAUGUUAGUAAGGGUAGUUAUGGUAAUAAGGGUAGUGAUGAUGUUGUGGGUGGCUCAAGUAAGGGUAGUGGUGGUACUGCUAAGGACAAUAUGAGUAGUGGUGGUCUUGUUGAGAUCAAUGUGGGUAAUGGUGGUGUUGCUGAGACGGUAGUGGUGAUGCUUGUUGAGGCCAAUGUGAAUGUGAACAAUGAUGAUGCUUAUGAAUACAAUGUGGGUAAUAGUGGUGUUGUUGAGGCCAAUAUGGAUCGUAGUGGUGGUACUGCUAAGGCCAAUAUGAAUGUGGAUAGUGGUGAUGCUUAUGAAUACAAUAUGGAUAGCGAUGGUGCUAUUGAGAGCAAUAUAGGUGUUGGUCAUAGUGUAGACAAUAUGGGCAUAGAUGAUGAUGACAUACGAAUAAAUCAAAAAGAUAUUGAAGAGGUAGAGUAUUAA